UCAAUUUAAAGCUCCUCUGGGUCUAAGAGCUCCAGUGCCUGGCCUGAUAGACUGCUGCGGUGCCAUUGCCGUCGAGCCCACCCUGAUCCAUCUCAACGAGCUUUUUUUCUUUUCUUCCCGUCCUCGGAUUCAGACUCUUGCUAUUUCUGGAGCGAUCGAUCGACUCUAACACCCAAGCCCAGACUCAAAACAAGACAGCACAAGAUGUCUCUCGCCAGCAAGCUCUCCAUCACUGACGUCGACGUCAAGGGCAAGCGGGUUCUUAUCCGCGUCGACUUCAACGUGCCUCUUGAUGCGAACAACAAGGUCACCAACAGCCAGCGCAUCGCCGGCGCCGUGCGCACCAUCGAGUAUGCCCUCGACAACGGCGCCAAGACGGUCAUCCUGAUGUCGCACCUCGGCCGGCCCAACGGCUCCCCCAACGCCAAAUACUCGCUCAAGCCCGUCGUGCCGGAGCUGGAGAAGCUUCUGGGCGGCAAGAAGGUCACCUUCGCCCCGGACUGCGUUGGCCCCGAGGUUGAGGAGAUCGUCUCCAAGGCCGCCGACGGCGGCGUCGUGCUCCUGGAGAAUCUGCGCUUCCACAUCGAGGAGGAGGGCAGCGCCAAGGACAAGGACGGCAACAAGCAGAAGGCCGACAAGGCCAAGGUCGAGGAGUUCCGCAAGGGCCUGACCAAGCUCGGCGAUGUCUUUAUCAACGACGCCUUCGGCACGGCCCACCGUGCGCACUCCUCGAUGGUCGGCGUUGACCUGCCGCAGAAGGCUGCCGGCUUCCUGAUGAAGAAGGAGCUGGACUACUUCGCGCAGGCCCUCGAGUCGCCCAAGCGCCCGUUCCUGGCCAUCCUGGGCGGCGCCAAGGUGUCGGACAAGAUCCAGCUAAUCGACAACCUGCUGGACAAGGUCAACACGCUGCUCAUCUGCGGCGGCAUGGCCUUCACCUUCAAGAAGACGCUCGACGGCAUGGCCAUCGGCAACUCGCUGUUCGACGAGGCCGGCGCCAAGACAGUGCCCGAGCUCAUGAAGAAGGCGGAGAAGAACGGCGUCAAGGUCGUGCUCCCCGUCGACUUUGUCACGGCCGACAAGUUCGACGCCGAGGCGGCCACGGGUGCGGCCUCGGACAAGGACGGCAUCCCUGAGGGCUGGAUGGGUCUCGACUGUGGCCCCGAGAGCGUUGAGCUGUUCAAGGGCGCCAUCAACGACUCCCAGACGAUCCUAUGGAACGGCCCCGCUGGUGUGUUUGAGUUCGACGCAUUCGCCAAGGGCACCAAGUCGACGCUCGAUGCGGCAGUUGAGGCCUGCGAGAAGGGCAAGAUUGUCAUCAUCGGUGGCGGCGACACCGCUACUGUGGCGGCCAAGUACAAGGUCGAGGACAAGCUGAGCCACGUCUCGACCGGCGGCGGUGCGAGCCUGGAGCUCCUCGAGGGCAAGGAGCUGCCUGGUGUCACGGCCCUGAGCAGCAAGUGAAGGUGUGAUGGGGGAGAUGAGGCCAUGUCCCCCGCGUCACGCCUUUAACCAUUCUUUUUCUUCCAUCCCUAGCUACUCCCACGAUUGAUGCUACGAGAGCAACCGUAAUGGGCCAGUCGUGCUUUGGAAGGGAUCAGGUUUGAAGCAGUCAAGCAGCUAUUCAGAGCUUGGGCCGACCUGACCGUUUUAGUCCUCCUACUAAUGAAUAGAAGAAAAUAAAAAAUUGAACAAAAAAAGAAACCAACAUACCAAUGCAUA